GUCUAGCUACCCCCGUCUAGGCCCCCGUCAGCACAACCUCGCCGAACACUCAUCCACAAGACACUCAGAUCAAAAAGAGAAACCUUCCCCAAGAGACGACAAUGGCCGAACCGGAGAAAAAGGACACUGUCGAAGAGGCCGUCAAGGGAGAGAAGAAGGAGAAGAAGCACAAGGAUAAGAAGGAGAAGGACGGCAGCCGCGGGCUGUUCACCGGGUCGGGCACGUCCUCGUCUUCCGAGUGCAGCUCGUCUUCCGACGAGGAGAGGCGGCAGGAGAAGAUCGCCCGCAAGAAGAAGAGGAGGGAAGAGAAGCUCGCCAAGAAGCAGCAGCACGAGCAGCAGCACGGCCACGGUGGUGCGCACGGGGAAGGGCACAAACCUGGUCACGACGCUCACGCCCAUGGCGGUGGCCAUGGCCACGGUGCCCACGGUGAACACAGCGGUGCGCACGGCCAACCCGCGCCGCACCCUUAACCGCGUACCCUCCCCCGCCCUACAUACGUACCGGGGCAGCUUUGCAUUCGUAACCGCCAUGGUUUUGUCUCUCGGGGUUGAAUGUUCAAAAUCUCAAUUCUGGGGUGUUAUGAUCUUCUCUUCCGAGAACGAGGUGUGCGGGACGGAACCGGGCUUCGGGGCGUAUGGAAGACGCCGGGCAUCUCCGUAUGUAUUGUAAAUCUGGUACGUGUGUAUGGGUUACGUAGAACUUGCUUGUAAAAACAAGCGAGGGAGGGCCUAGAAACCGCAUCGAGGCAGCUUGGUUGUACAUGAGAAAAGAGAGGGGGGAGAGGGGGAGAGAGACAGAGAGAGAGAGAGAGAGUAGAGGUGGAGUCUUCACCAAGAGGCUUGUCGAGUACGAGAAUGCCAAGGCAAUGUAUUUUUUUAAAGGGGGUGUUAUGCACAAAGCCCCUUCAAUACCGCACAUAAGUCGACUAUCGUGGGUAUUUUGCGAGUUGAGGGGGGCAGUGUUGCCCUUCCACAAAGCCCCCGCAUGACGGCAUGCAAGACUUCACGGCUACCGCGAGUACUCUUGUGAGUUGCUUUCACGCAUGAUGUGUUUUUGAUUCCAACUGAAACGCACGAUAAAAAAGUAUUUGUUGUGAGGCGGAACGCCUACACAAGACCUCCCCUGAUAGAGGCGUCUGGUGUUUACACAUUCUUCGUGUCGUUCGGGCGUCUUGGUAUGCUUUUUUCAUGCAAUGAAAGGCUACAGCAACUUUUGACAUUGAUCAUCAGGCGAGAAACCCGACGUCCGCUACGGUCUGCCCUCCGUAUAGUUCGUUGCCACACCCAAAAAGUGUGUGCGAUGCGCCUAUUCUCCGAGGCGCGAGCGUGCAAGGCUGCGACCUACUGUUGACGUAUGAUGCAACGUUAUAAGACCAAGGAAAAACCGACGCGACAACCUAUCAAAGUGCUGAACAC